AUGGCCGGUGACAAUAUUCCUGAACUUGCAUUGCUUAUUGAUGCGGACAAUGCACAGUACUCCGUGGUCAAUCUUCUACUGGCCGAAACUGCAAAAUAUGGCACACCUCAUGUGAAGCGGGCGUAUGGAGACUGGAGUAGCUCUAAUCUACAGGGCUGGAAAAAUACGCUCCUUGAACUAUCAAUCCAACCAAUCCAACAAUUCGCUUAUACCCAUAGCAAGAAUGCGACCGAUUCCGCUAUGAUCAUCGAUGCAAUGGAUCUGCUCUACGCUGGCCGGUAUGAUGGGUUUUGUCUUGUUUCAAGCGACAGUGACUUCACCCGGUUAGCCGCUCGUAUCCGCGAGGCAGGACUGACGGUGUAUGGAGUCGGAGAGCUACAGACGCCUAAGCCAUUCGUCGCUGCCUGCGAUAAAUUCAUUUAUACUGAGAAUCUCAAGCAUCUUGAGGAACUUGUGCCGCAUGCUGACAGCGCUAUCGUGUCUGGAAAGCAUUCGCUAGCCUCACUGGCUCAAAAAGAUGCCAGUUUAUCCAGUAAGCUACGAACGACGGUGGAGACAGCCUCCGAUGACGAUGGAUGGGCUCGACUCUGUAACGUCGGUCAGCUCCUGACAAAGAAGUAUCCGGAUUUCGAUUCUCGUACUUUUGGAUACCAUAAGCUCAGCGAUCUCAUUGCCGCUUCUGCUUUGUUCGAAACUUCCCGCCGCUCCCAUGGAGCGAGCGGGUCUGCGGAAGUCCUUGUACGCGAUAAGCGUCGGAAGCCUAAAAGUUCCGCGAAAUAG